AUGGGCACCUCACCAAUUACGCUGAGGAGCAUCCUUGGCUUCCUCUUCGUCUUCGUACAGCUCGCUUCUGCCCUCAAAUUCGACCUCACUGCCACCUCAGGCGGCGGCAAGAACGAGCGAUGCAUCCGUAACUUCGUCUCCAAGGACCAGCUGGUCGUUGUUACUGCUACGGUCGGUGGAACCAAGGGUGAUGGACAGAAAGUCAACAUUCACAUCAAGGACGCAAUGGGUAACGACUACGGCCGGCCUAAGGAUGUUGUCGGCGAAACCCGCCAGCUCUUCACCUCGCCCGCCGACACCGCUUUCGACGUCUGCUUCGAUAACCAGCUCACUGGCCACAACGGCAUCGCCAACCCCUCCCGACCCAUCGAACUCGACGUCGACAUUGGCGCCGAUGCCCGCGACUGGAACAGCAUUCAGUCCCAGGAGAAGCUCAAGCCCGUCGAGACAGACCUCCGCCGCAUCGAGGAAAUGGUCGCCGAUAUCGUUACGGAGAUGGAGUACCUGCGUGCCCGCGAGCAGCGUCUACGUGAUACGAACGAGAGUACCAACGAGCGCGUUAAGUGGUUCGCUUUCGGUACUAUGGGUAUGCUUGUCGGGCUUGGUGCUUGGCAGGUCGUUUACCUGAGGGCUUACUUCAGUAAGAAGAGGCAGCCUAUGACAAUGGAGAUGUUUACAUUGAAGACGCAAACAGUGCAAACACCGGGCAUUACAGGAGCUUUUCGGUUCCCCGACAUUACAGCGGAUGAUGUCAAAGCCGAGAGCAUUAAACCCCAACUCCUCCCUAGAGGAACACACAACUUACAGCUUCCCUUGACCACCGGUAAAGCAACAUGUCUGCUUCACGCUUUCCGCCAAUUCGGCACUUCUGCUCGACGUCUACAGGACGCCAAAGAUGAAGCUGCCAAGGCGACACAGCAGCAUCGCGCCAACCAGGCCGACAAGCCCCCAAACCAAUUUGUGCCCAACACAACCUCUACCAUGACAAAGGAUUUCCCCAAUGUGGGCGAGAAGCCGUCACCUCCGGAGAUGCUGAACUCCGUCGAACCCAACUACAGACCUGCCGACCCUUACCCAGGAAAGAUCGAGCACUUUACUGGUGGUCGCCAGGAUAACGGUGCGCAAAAGCCCGAACUUGGCGUCGGUGAAAUGGAGGGCAUCACUUUCAAGGUCGAGCCCUUGAAGCGAGUCGGAGAGGAGCUUGCGACCAAACGCGCGCGUCUACUAUACCAAAGUCGCAAGCGCGGAAUCCUCGAGUCAGACUUGCUUCUCUCCACUUUUGCGGAUGUCAACCUUGGUAAGAUGAACUACGAUCAGCUCGUCGAGUAUGACACUUUCCUUGACGAGAAUGACUGGGACAUCUACUACUGGGCGACUCAGGACUCGCCUGAGGAUCUCCCCGCUUCCACUCCUAAGGAGGAUACCAUCACCGAGACGUGGAAGGAGACUGGUGCCAAGAGUGGUGAGUGGGCGCAGACUAUCGGUGCCUUCAGAGCCGCGUACCGACCUGUUCCGACGCGCUGGCAGAAGUCCGAGGUGCUCACUUUGCUGAGAGAGCAUGUUCAAGAUAAGAGUGCUACUGGCUUUGAGAAGGCCAAGAAUAAAAAGACUGGCGGUGGUGGUCUCGGCAGAAUGCCUGACGUUCAGGUGUUUGACAACUAG